CUUAACACGGAAUCAUCAGAAUUGUUAAUUUAACUUGAACAUCAAAGUGAAAUUUUUAGUUUUAGAAAACUUACGUUGUAAAUAACUAAGAAAGCUGACAUAAUAUUAUCUGGACCAGUGGCUGUGGAUACAAUAAAUUCAAUACACCUUAGUCAAGAUACGGAACUUUUUCUAAGAAUCAUCGUCCCCUUACUUCAAUAUAUUUGCCAUAAGCUGUAUUUAAAAAGACAAAUCUAUCUGCACUUUAGUGCCAGUAUUUAGGAUACUAUCCAUCAUUCAAGCGGAUCCCUUUAUAGAAUUCUUUGAAGUAAGGAGAAAAGUACUUGGAGCGAAGGGGAAAAAAAAAAAACAUUUACCGUUGCAACUGUGACUCUGUGUUCCCAAUCAACCAGUACAUUUCUUCAGAAGACAAUAAAAGUGCAUUAACCAUCCUUGUCUAAUUCCCAAACGUAGAGUGUGCCCUUAAUCAACCAAUUCAGACGAUUGUAAAAGUGCAUUAGCCAUCUUUGUCUAAUACCCAAACGUAGACUGUGUGUCCCCAAUCAACCAACAAAAUUUCUUCAGAAGAUGGUAAAAGUGCAUUAGCCAUCCUCGUCUAAUACCCCGAUGACCAUGACGGCUACCACCAAAUCAAGCGGCUUCAGCGUGCGGGACAUACUGGAACUUCCCGAGCAGAAGGCCGAACGAAGGACUAGCCCAGUGCCUCGGGCCCUUGAUCUCUCCGACGUCACUUUGCCUGCCUUUUGCUACGGAGGUUUGUGCCCCGAUGUCACCUACUCCAGAUGGCUGGCCUCAGAGAUCAUUCCUGCGUAUGCCGCACUGCCUUUCGCCCACAUGGGUCUGGACCCAUGCCUGACCAACUCCGAAACCAAUUUCCUUAACCACCAAGAACUGACCAGGAGCACAGACGAGCGGGAUGACCUCGAACUGGAAGAUGAAGACUUGGAGGAUGAGGAAGACGAGCUUGUGGACGAAGAAGAUAGUGCCCUGGAGGCCCCCACAUCCAGCCCGGCGACUGGACAGACGUUGAGCGGCCGGAGAGCGGACGAUUCGUCCGAUUCGGACGAGGUGACUUCUUCCCAGCAACCCAUGUGCGGCAGCGCGGUCAACAGCAGUAACAGCAACAUUGGAAGCGGGGGAGGCUGUAACAAUAAUACUCCGACGAGUUCAACGUCGGGAGACAAUGCAAACCCACCCCUCAAGAAAAGAAAGCGAAGAGUGCUCUUUUCGAAAGCACAGACUUACGAACUAGAGAGGAGAUUCCGUCAACAGAGAUACCUCUCAGCACCGGAACGUGAGCAUCUGGCCAGCAUAAUCCGCCUCACCCCCACGCAAGUCAAAAUAUGGUUCCAAAAUCACAGGUAUAAGACGAAGAGGGCUCGCCAAGAAAAAGGUUUGGAUGUAAAUCCUCUACCAUCGCCUAGAAGAGUAGCUGUACCCGUGCUGGUCAGGGAUGGCAAACCCUGUCAGCCAGCUUCCUUGAAGCAGCAGCAGCAAGACAACAGCACACCUCGAAGCACCAACUUAACUGCAGAUCUAUCCUCCAUCACAUCCAUGACAAACAUGGCUGCCAUCAGCAAUUCUUGCAUCGGCACAUUCAGCAUGAUGCCGACAUACACGCAUCCUCUAGUGCACCAACACAGGUGGUGGUGACACAGAUAAGACAUCUAUCCCUAAAUAUCAGAAGUUAUUGUUUCACUAAUAAAAUAAACUAUCCGAUUUGUUUGGAGAAUGUCAAAACUUUAGUGUCUUAAUGCAACAAUCUGUGCAAUGGCGAUCCUACUUAUUCCAUUGACGUUUGAAUAAAACUAUAUACAUUUUCAUUGGUUUCAAUCAACAGAAGUUUCAUUUGCAUAGACAUAAGAAACUGCUUUGUAUGGUAAGAGCGGGUAACCACAUGAAAAUGACAUAUAUUCUGUGGCAUCUUUCAUUUGAGAAGAUGGACAUUCGUCUUUUCUUCAGCCUGAAAAUUUUGAUUGAAGAUUGUCUAUGAUCUCGGAGGUUUUCAGUUGACUACUCAGUAUUCCUAAGAUUCUUCGGCAACGUUAAAGUACCAGACUUGCUAUUCCUAAGCUGUAAAAUUCUCCAUCUUUACCGGGAAGAUUCACUUUAUUGACGAUUUGAGCAACCAUAAAUCCUGGCGAGAGAUAUAUGGAACUUCAAAUAUUUCUCUACGAGAUUAAUACAGAUGGCACAUUCUGGUUCUAAUGGACUAUAUAGAAUAAAUUUCCUUAUAAUUUUACUAUUUAUUAAGCUAUUAAAAAAAGCCCUAUUUAUUGAUGAAAUUGAAUACGACUGAAACUGAUUGUUCUCUAGAUGGAUUUUUUUUUAAAUUUAGGUCAGUUCCUCUUAAAGCUGAAAAUUGUAUUUCAUCGUAUUAUUUUAAGAAAUCCAUUGCUAGUUAAUUACACAUUUUUAUAGAUUUAUUUAAUUUACUUUAAAUUUUAGAUAAUGGUAUGAUUUGUAAGCGAUAUUUCCAACGAAUAUUAAAUGAUAUUUCAUAGAAGUAUGGAAAUAUGAUAUGCAGUGCAGUAACAAACUGCUAUUGGAUUGCGAUAAAACUCAAAACUCAUCAUAUGACAGAUUAUUUAUAAAAUAAAUUCUUUUUUUUUUUUCAAGAGGAAUGCUCCAGACUUGUCUAAACUUUCAGGCAUUUUUUUAAUGUUGUUGAGCAUAAAUAUCUCCCAAAAAUCUUACAAAAAUUAUGACAAAAAGUUAAACAUUACUUCCAGAUCUUUUAUUUAAUUAAAUUAUUAUUUUU